UAAUAGUCUUGGAUUAAACCCUAUAAAUAUAUCCAUUCUUGAACUACUUCCCACUCAUCAAAAACCAAUAUUUCUUCUUCUAAUUCUUCGCAUUUUUUUCUCUUAUUUCCCUAUGGAUCCCUAUAGCAAUACUCUUUAUAUGUUAGAUGAAGAUUAUUUCGAUCAUGAGGAUCUUAUGAUAGAAGCAAUGGCCGUACAUAGACAACAACGUGCAACUCUUGGAGCAUCUUCUUCACGUCGUCCUAAUUCUCAACCUCGUAUGUUCAUCCGACGCAAUCCAUUGGAAGGUCAUGAACGCCUUUGGAAGGAUUACUUUGCUCAACCGCCAAUAUAUCCGCCAAACGUUUUUAGGAGGCGAUUUCGAAUGAAUCGUGAUCUUUUUUUGCGUAUACAUUCUGCAGUUAUCACUCAUGAUGAUUAUUUUAUCCAAAAGAGAGACGCCAGUGGGAGGCUUGGAUUGUCCUCCCUUCAAAAGAUGACCGCGGCCAUUAGGAUGCUCGCAUAUGGGGUAACAGCAGAUCUUAUGGAUGAGUAUGUAAGAAUUGGAGAAAGUACUGCACGGUUGAGUAUGAAGAAAUUUGUAAAGCCGAUCGUGUCAAUCUUUGGGGGUGAGUACUUGAGGUCUCCAACCAGCAAUGAUAUAGCAAGGUUACUAGAAGUUGGACAAAGGCGUGGAUUUCCAGGAAUGUUGGGUAGCAUUGAUUGCAUGCACUGGAAAUGGAAGAAUUGUCCUAGUGCUUGGAAAGGCCGUGGUCCUCCAUGCAACUAUACUAUCAAUGGUCACGAGUACACAAUGGGAUAUUAUCUUGCUGAUGGUAUAUAUCCUUCGUGGGCAACAUUAGUAAAAACAAUUCCUGCUCCACAUGGGAAAAAGAAAAAACAUUUUGCUGCUUGCCAGGAGUCUGCAAGGAAAGAUGUCGAACGUGCGUUCGGAGUACUCCAAUCUAGAUUUGCAAUUGUGCGUGGACCUGCAAGGUAUUUCCAACCUGAAGUUUUAAAAGAUAUUAUGUGCGCAUGCAUUAUCUUGCACAAUAUGAUUGUUGAAGAUGAACGUCAUCUAUAUCUCGGGGCUGACCAAUUCAAUUAUGAAGCCAAUGAUGAUACUCCAUCCGAGCCAAUUUCACGCGAUAAUAUACCUGAAUUCAUGGAGUUCAUUGCCCAACAUCAUCGUAUUAGAGAUAGAGUCACUCAUUCACAACUCCAAGCCGACCUUAUCGAGCACUUAUGGAAUAUGCAUGGCCGAGCAUAAUAUAAGUUUCUUGAAAAGCCAACGUCAUCUUCGUUGGUGUAUUGUAGUGCUCAUUAAAAUUCAACUUCUUUUUAUGACUUCCUUUUUAUUAUUUUAAUGUUGAGAACCUAUCACUAGUUUGUUUAAUUGAAGGCAGUAUCACUUGUUCAUCGUAUUAA